CUGCCCCUCGAUGAAGAAGCAGUAGAGAGAGUGAGAGGGGGGCAGCUGGUUGCUUUCCCCCCCAGUACCGCUCCUUCUUGUCUUCAGUGGAUUCCUUUGCCGUGCUGCCAGCAGGGACCCCCAGUGGAGCCAUCAGGCACAGGGGGAUCCCCAGCAGCCGCCAUGGCCAGCGGCAGAGAUUCGGACAGCGAGCCGGCGGUGCCCGAGGAGGAGGAGGCGGAGGGCCCGGACGUGAAGGCCGUGCAGGCCCAUUACCUGCGCAGCCCCUCGCCCAGCCGGUAUUCAGUUAUAUCAGACACUGACACAGAGAGCAUCUUCAUGGAGCCAAUCCAUCUGUCAUCUGCUGUGGCUGCCAAACAAAUCAUCAGUGAAGAGCUGAAGACAAAGGACGUCAGGGUGGACUCGGUGUGUCCCAGGAUGCUGGAGUCUGCGCAGCAGCUGAUGGUGGAAGACCUGUACAACCGGGUUAAGGAAAAGAUUGAUGACACCAGCUUGUUUAACACGCCGUGUGUGAUGGACUUGCAGAGGGCACUUGUGAAGGACAGGCUGGAGACCCCCAGGGACGCUGUGGAUGAAGUCUGGCCUAAUGUCUUCAUAGCAGAAAAAAGCGUUGCAGUGAACAAAAGCCGUUUGAAGAGACUGGGGAUCACCCAUGUCCUGAACGCAGCUCAUGGCACAGGUGUCUAUACAGGGCCCAGUUUCUACAAUGGUCUCAAUAUCCAGUACCUGGGCAUUGAGGUGGAUGAUUUUCCAGAUACAGAUAUCUCCAAACACUUCCGCCCAGCUGCAGAGUUCCUUGACGAAGCCCUGCUGACUUACAGAGGCAGAAUCCUUGUCAGCAGUGAGAUGGGGAUCAGCCGCUCAGCUGUGCUGGUGGCUGCCUACCUGAUGAUCUACCACCACAUGACCGUUCUGGAGGCUCUGAUGACGCUGAGGAAGAAACGUGCCAUCUACCCCAACGACGGCUUCCUGAAGCAGCUGCGGGAGCUCAAUGAGCAGCUGUUGGAGGAACGAGAGCUGGAGCGUUCUGGAGAUGAGGACGUGACUCCAAGCCAAAGUCCUCUUGCCUAUGCAGGGACUUCUUCACGGCUGUCUGGAGCUGGGGACUCAGGGAGCAUCAAGGGAGCCAAAGCUCAUUCCAUCACAGUGGAAGAAGAGGACACCAGCAGCAUUCUGGGUAGUUUUAUGAGCUCUUCCUCAAUGGAAAAAACUAGCUGGGUUUCCAAACACUCCACCCUAAUCACUGAGGAGGAAGAGGAACAAUUGUAUGAGGAAUGGAGGAGGAAACAAGGCCUAUCUGCAAAGGAAGCAGUUCACCAUGAAAGAAGAACAUCUCCAAAGCAUUUGGAUCAGGAAGAGGAACAAUCUGAUGAGGAUGUGGAACAGAGGAUCCAUGAUUGGCAGCGCAGAAAUGAGAAAUACCAGAUGGCAGGUACAGCCAGGGAGGAGGACGGUGAAUGCAGCAUGGGAGGAAGACCUUACCCAUCAGGUGAAUUCAGUGAUGUUGAGAGUGUGAGCAGUUAUGAGAUCCGAACCCUAAAAAAGCAGCUGGAAGCCAGUAGCUUUAGCAGGAUGAGGAGGAGCCGCACAGGCUCUACGUCUUCUGAGAGCACCUGGGACAUGUGGAAUCAGAGGCUUCUGGAGAUUGAGAAAGAAGCUGCUCAGAGGUAUCAUUCUAGGAAUAAAACCUGUGGGGAGAGACAAUCCCCAGAAACUGGCAGAAAGGAGAGGGAUGUGGAUGAGGAGAGUGUGUUUUCAGACUCCUCGUGUAGCUCCUUCUACAAUUUCUGCCAAAAGAACAAGGACAAGUUGACUCCUCUAGAGAGGUGGAAGGUCAAGAGGAUCCAGUUUGGCUUUCACAAGAAGGAUUUAGAACCAUCAUCUGCACCAUCUCCAGCAGAGGAUGGCAGCCAGGCAGGUCAGGAGGAAACAGAAGGGAAGAGUUUGUCAGAUAUUGAUCUGACUGCUUACCAGGCUUGGAAAAUGAAGCGGCAGAAGAAGGUGGGCAGUGAAAUCAGCAAGGAGGAAUUUGUGGAAUUUGCCAAAACUGAGGAUUCUGCUUCGGCUAAAAAGAAGCAGAGGCGUGUAGAGCUUCUUGAACGUUCAAAGAAAAUUUUAGAAGAAAGCCAGUCCAUGUGCAGCUGGGAGACAGAGAGUACAAUGAGUGGGAGUAUUCCCCUGUCAGCUUUCUGGUCUUCAGCGCCUUCUGCAAGCGGUGCCGACGAUGCAGCUUCUGCCCUGAGCAUGCAGACAAAUCAUUCAUCUUUGUCACAGGCCAGGAGUUGUGCUGGAGCAAUGCAGAUGCCAAAUAUACCCCUUCCCAAUCUCUCAGUUGGCCCAGGUGACACAAUAUCCAUGGCAAGCAUUCAGAACUGGAUCGCUAACGUGGUCAGUGAAACCAUUGCUCAAAAGCAAAAUGAGAUCCUGAUGCUGUCCCGUCCAUCGUCCGCCAUGGCCUCCCUGUCGGGAGACCUUGGCAGGCAUGCAGAUGAUGACAAGGUUUCUCUUCUCAGUGCUCAGAGCGGCUCAUCCCUCGCUGCCUCUCAGCUCCACCAGCAGGACCUGCGCAGGGCUGAGUCUCAGUCUGUGCUGUCUUGCAACACCUCCGUGAGCGCAAGGACAGAAGGGACUACUUCAAACACGAAGAUGACCCAGACAAGCAAACCACUGUACAGCCUCUUUGCUGAUGAUGUUGACCUAAAGAAACUAAGGAGGAAAGAGAAGGAAAUGCAAAUGGAAAUGAGAGAAAAAAUGUCAGACUAUCAAAUUGAAAAGGUGAUUAGAGACAAUAAACGCAGCACUUUAUUCAAAAAAAAGGUGACCAAAGCAGAGGAAAAUGAAACAGAAGAUGACAGAGAGAGUACAACAAACAGCCACAGGCGUCCCUUGCAAGCAGAUUUUGACAGAACUGAUGCAGUCUUUGAUCUGUCCAGUCAACCUGCAACCUCAGGUGCACCAAAGUCAGAGGCAGAUACUGAUAUUACCAAGUGGCUCAAUGGCCUCAAAGCAGAAAGAGAACCACCGUCAUAUUAUGAUCAGACUGAGAUCACUAGAGAGAAAUAUAGCAGAUCAUCCAAAGUUAGACAGAUGGAUUCUGAGACAUCCAGUUACAGAUUCUGUAGAUCCCAAAGAAAAGAGCUAGAUAGCUGUUCUUCCUACGAGUCAACAGGAGAUUCACUGAGAACCAUGUCAAGAUUUUCCUCUGCUUCUGCAAAAGAGGACAAAAAGAUGUACAAGUUCACAAGGUCCAGGGUCAGUGAGACAAGUUCCAGAGGAAACAGCCCAGAGCUGCAUGUUUUCAACCAGUCACCUGAACCACCCUUUGACUCUGAAUCUCCUGAACCAUCUACACAGAGCCGAGUUAGAGCUCAUCAUGUGGAGGCAUGUGAAGAGGAGGCCAGGUCAGACGUGUCAGAAUGUGGAGCAAAGAGAAAGUUCACCCAGAGCUUUUCAAAGUCUGAAGAGGAUGGGAAGAAGGAGGCAAAAGUGGAGCAAAGUGAAGAAAGGUUUGCGUCUAGGCAGGUCUCUCAGUACAGGCGAAGCACACGUAAAGAGGAGGAAGAGGAGAUGGAUGAUGAUGCCAUUAUUGCUGCUUGGAGAAGCCGACUAGAAGAAACUACAGCAAAGCUCCAGCGGAGAAGGGAAGAGUGACCAAGAUCAGACUACAGGAACACGAGCAGAGCCACAGAGUCCCUGAAUCACUCACUCAUCAUUAUAUUUUUGAUAAUCCUUUGUGGUUUGUAGGGCAUUUCCUGCAGAUACUUCUCUUCUUAAUCAAAAGCGAUGAAGGGAAGAGGUCAAGUUCUGCAAGUGUUUGUGGUUUGUCAGAAGGAAGAUGCUGGUAUUAAAUGAUCAAUGUAGGUAGGAACACAAUGUUAGAAGCCAUUAGGAGCCAGACGAUGUUUCAGCAGCAAAAGCAGGUAACGGUGACACCUCAAGUCAAAAGACCAAUCGCAUCCCAUUUUGGUUAUUUCAAUUUCCUAGUGUCGUUAAAGACUGGACAUGUUUUUUCUAGGAUCUUUUUGAUCAUAAAUGGAAGAAACCAACAGCCUUUUCUAGGAACUUAAAGAAUGUUUUUCUCUUAAUGAGUUUUACUUUAUACGACUGAGAAGAUAUUACCAGGUAGGCUCCAUUUUCUGCACCAGCCUUACAAAUGUCUAGAGAAAUAAGACAGUUCAGGGGAAUACAUGUUCUGUUUUACUUUACUAAGUAGCAGAAGCAAAGUGGAAUACUAGAAAAAAGAAGAUGCCUCCUGUUUAAAAGUUCAGUGCAGUAAUGAAUGUAUUCAUUGUUUUCUAUUAGAUGGAAUCAUCUCUGCUCCAGUAUGGUUGGUUCCUCCAAAUAACUUCAGGUCAACAAAGGAAAAAUGCAGUAAUAUUAGCAGCCAUCCAAAAAUCAUUUUUUGACAUAGUUAAAGAGAUAGAGUUAGGAUUAGUGUUAGUGUAAGCUGGGUUUCUGAGUAUUGGCUUCACUUUGCUUAUGUAUGCAGCUCAGCUAAGUUGGUGCUUUUCUGUUUAUAGUCAGAUUAAUUUUCAACAUGAUUGCCUUGAAAAAAAGGAGCAAUGCACAAACUGACCUCAUAAUAAAAUUGUUUAAUUAGGCCAUAGGUGUAAGGUAUCGUGCACCUAAGGAGAAAUUGUGUGUCUGUGAAGGUGGCACCUGGAAGCUUGUUUUUAGGAGGCGGUGGUAGGUUCAAAUGGCGUCUUACAGUUAAAGUGUUCUUUGUAUCCUGAGCUACACAGGAAGAAGCCCAGCCUCCAUGGUAACUGAGUACUCCAGGUUAAGAGCCUCGGGUCUUUCCAUGCCCUGCAGAGCCUUGUGAGCUUGUGUGACACAGCCCACCAGCUUGCCACAGCAUCACUUGUGUGUCUUUGCACACCACAGCACCCAACCCUCACCAGUCAACAUCCUCCACCUCUCUCUUACAGGCACAUAGGCCAGUUUCUACUGACUUUGACUCUGGAAUUAUCAGUUCCCUCUUCUGUACAGACUGUAUUUUGAACCAACAAAGCCCUCUGGCAGAGCUGAAUCUAAAACAACAAUGGAGGGAUGAUGCAGUAGCGCUCUCUCACAGGAAGUUUGUCUUUUUCUUGUAAUCUCUUCUCCCUCCCACUGUGAUGCUUAGAGCUCACCAUUACCAUUAUGCUAGUACCUCUCCCUAUUUUAAUUGUGUAAUACAGACAGCAAGCUCCACAGGGCAAGGGCCUGCUCUUUGUCCCUGUCUGUAUGGCGCUACACACAUCAGCAAUGCUAUCUAAAUAAUGGUUACUGAUAACAAAAUGCAGCUGGCAAUUUUCCUAAACUUAGAAAUCAUUUCUCUCAACUAUAACUCACUGAUCAGACAUUAUCCCUGCUUCUCUGAAGAUAAAGAUGAUUCUUUCUGACAGCCAGGACUGGGGUAAAUGAUAGCUACUUAUUGUCAGGUGAAUGGAGUCUCACAAUCAGGUGAUUAACCAGUAACAAAGGUAGAAAAAAUAAGAGAAAUCACUUACUAGUGUGGGUUGUUUCAGGGUUUUGGUUUUGUUGUUUUUUUUUUUAAAUUAAACUCAAAUUACAUUUCUGAAAUACAUAAGGAACAUGGUUGUGUUAAUGUUUCGGGCAUGCAGAGAUGCUCUGUGGUUUAUAAUGCUCUUCUGCUAUAAAAUAAUAUAUAAUACAAUGCAUCCCUUGUUUCUGCAUAUUUCUGUGAGUUGUUAUUUUUAAAGUAGUGAAAUUCCAGGCCUUGAGCCACAUUCUGAGAAUUUAUAUUGAAUUUCUGCAGUGCGUGUUAGGAUAGGCAUUUUCCUCUUUCCUUCGUCCCUGGUAAAGUUGCUCCACAGAAAACAGCUCUGCAUAGAUAUAUUUGGAGCUCGCUUUAAUUUCAUCCUAGAAAAGGUCUUAAGUUUUGAUGGAUCAAAGUGGAAGUGUGCAAUACCUUCUGGCACUGAAUUUACUUUUUUAUCAAAGGCUGAUUUCCUCUGAAAAAUCCCUCUCCUGCUUCCUGUGCCUGGAUGUUCCCAGCAGACAAGCCUGUCCUCUGCAGUACUGCAGGGGGCAUCUCGCGCUGUAAAAGACGAGCAGUAGAUGAUGUAGUAAUUGGUUUCAUUUUGCACUGUACAGCACAGCCUUUGUUUGGGCAGCAUUUUGAUUUAAACACUAAUCUAGGUCUGCUGCACAAAUAAAUUAUUCAAGACCGAGGGGCAGAAUAUGGUUCUGUAACAAGUCUGAGGCAGACCGUCCUGAUAGCGAGUUUUGACCCUUGUGAGAAAGGGUUAAGUGGGUUCUGCUGACUCAUUGAGGUAGGUGGCUUAUUAGUUCACUUGUGUAAAAGGGAGAUAAAAAUGGUUUGCUGGGGAGAGGCCAUCUAAGAUGCUGGCUGAGCAGCCAUGAGGGAGAAGCCUUAGAAAUAGCUGAACUUUAUUUUCUUAUUGCUUAUAUCCUUGUUAAUAAAGCCAAACCCCCAAAGCAAUAAGGGGGUGGGGAUCAUUUUGGACUCCAUGCAGUAUAUGGCCAGUGCUUGAAAGCAAGAUGGGAAAGGCUCCAGCUCACAGGUAUAAAUUACAUGAAACAGUGACAUAAAGACCUUGCAUGGUGAAAAUAUUAAAGCAUUCAGUCAUAAGACCAAUAACCAGGAGAGACAGAAAUGGAGGGUUGAAGGCAGGCUAGAAAGUCAGGUUUUAAGAUGAGAAUUUAGAAGGAGAUAAGAAAUUGCUGAAAGGGGAGAGGUCUGCACAGAUUGUUUCAGGUGACCAGAGCUGCAGAGUGAAUGGUUUUUCAGCAAUGACACCAGUCUGACAGUAGAUUAAAAGAGUAAAUAAGUACUCAAAUUUAUCUAGGAAGGAUUUUUCAGCAAAGAUGUGCUGGGACUGAUAUAUUUUUUUCCCCUCUCAGUUUGCUGCUGUAGGGAGGAGGGGUUUUUUGGCAUUGUAUAGCGGAAGGUGAAAGUGAAAGGAGCAUCCACACGGUCAGUUAAGAAUAUAAACACAAGAACAUAAGAAAGGCUGUAUGGGGUCAGACCAAAGGUCCAUCUGGCUCAAUAUCCUGUCUCUGAUAGAGAACAACAGCGAAUACCUAGGGAAGAAUAUAUACAGUGAUAAAAGUGUUAUUUCCCCAGCAUGAUCUUCCAGCUUCUGAUCAUUUGCAACUCGAGGACUUCCUAAGCCAGGUGUGAUAUUUUUGUAUUUAAUAGCCCUUAAUAGGUUUCCUUCUAUGGAAGUGCCUAGUAAUUUUUGAGUUAUAACCACUAUAGCCUCGUACCGCUAGCCUCUGUGUCCUCUUGUAGCAAGAAGUCCCACAAGUUACUGUACACAAAAUGCUAAGCCAUCUUCUUUCUGCCUGUUCUGAACCCUCUGCCCACUAGCCUUCAAAGCCAACAUAGUAUCUGUUUAGUAUCUACAUGUCCCACCAGAUUUUACUCUCCCCUGCAGUCGUUCUGUCCCAUCCUUAAUUCCCUGGUUUUUCACCUGAGUUACUUAUUCCUUAUAUAGGGGCCGCCCCAUGUCUCUUUAUUGUCCUGGCCAAUCUUCUCUGAACUCUUUCUAGUUCUCCUUUGUCAUGUUUGAGAUGAGGGACCAAAUCCUCACACAGUAUCCAGGGUGCAGGUGUGGCAGGGAUUUAUCCUAUGGCAUAUUGACCUUUUUUUUCUCUUUUCUGUUCCUUCCCUAUUGACUGCCAACAGUCUGCAUGUUUCUUUGGCUGUUGCUGAGCACCAGAGUGAUGUUUUCAUAGAACUAUUUAUUGUAUACACCAAAUUUUGUUGGACGGCAAUGGUCAGCUCUGUGAUCAUCAUUUUAUAUGUUAAGUUUUCUUAUUUGUAAUGUUUUACAUUUAUUAGCCUUGAAUUUCAUCUGCCAUCUUCUCAGUCUCUCUGUUGCAUUAAGUCCUUCUGCAUUUUUCCACAGCCAUCUUCCCAUUUCUACUGCUCUGUUUCCUUAAUGUCCUUUGAGCAAGGUAGAAACUCAGAGGAUGUGGGAAGCAGAGAAGUUAAGGAGGGAUGAGAGAGAAACCCAUUUGAUGUUGAUCUGCUUGAAGUAAGAAAUAAGAAAGUGAUGAAAGUCAGAGAGCUAGGAGAUAAAUGUUCAAAAAGAGAUCUGAAGACAAUAGGCAAAUUGAGAAGGGAACCUACAGCGGUCAGAGACAGGAAGAUACAAAUGUAACCCAGAGAGGCCAAUGCAAAAUAGUAAUUUGUUUAGAUGUAUCAAUGUCUGGGAAAAGGUUAGGGGGCAACAUCUGUGGGAAGAGAGGAGAUCUAAAGGAGUUAAAAGUCUGUGAGAAAUGUGAAGGAGACUGGGAGAAAUGGAAAGAGUGAGAGACAUUGGUGGGACACUGAUGAUGAAAUGACAUCGGUGCUGGAUUGGGAAUUCAGUGUGGUACAAGCAAGUUUGAAGGAAACAGAAAUGUGCCAGAAAUAUGUUAUUCCUACUGUAAGAGCUGAUUUUGCAUUGUAAUACUGAUAGCUGUGGGGCCAUGGCCCAUUUCCCCCAUCUAGGAAUUUCAGGACAGUGUGAUUUAUUGCGUGCAGCACUAGCUUAGACUGGAUAAUUUUAAAAGGAGUUUAGCACCAUUUCCUUCCUUUACAGCUCCUUGAGAAAUGCUUACACAUUAGCUGUGGUGGAGAGCUAGGUGAAUUAUGAGACAAAAAAAGUUUUAUUUGGGGAGGCUAUGUUGCAUUGCCUGCCUUUCCUUAAAGGGUGUAGCUGGAAUACAUUCAAUAUAGACAUUAUAAAGUGAAAACACAACAUCCAUGACCUUCCUAAAUUUAUAGACAAUCCAGCAAAGGUACUGAAAGCAUGUGAUUAAUAUAGUCUAGGGCUUGGAAACAGACACUGCAUACUCAUGUAAUCCAGCAAAAUCUCUUUGAGAGCUAUCUACCUAUUCUCUGGAAUUUCACUUGUCAUGUAGAAAAAUGAAAGUGGGUCUGAUCUCUGGCUGUUCUAAUUGUGAAGAAAACUUCCAGAAUGGGAAGUAUGUGUAACAAAUAAACUGUUCUCUAGAGAGGUGAGAGCAUAGGUCUAAAUGGUGCGUGAAUUGCCCCAGUCAUUUCAGCAAGGUUCUAACUUAUUUGCCCAGAAGUAAUAAUUUAAAUGCCAAUAAUAUUUUUCACCCUGUACUUCACGUAAUAAAUUGAAAAAGGUUCAAAGUGCAUGUAUUUAGCUUGUGUAUUGCCAAUACCAGCAUAAUCUGCUUGAAUGAGCACCCUGUCAUUGUGGUUGGUUUUGUUGUUUUCUGGGUUUUUUUUUUCCUUUUGCUUAGGCUGCCUUUUGUUCUUUGGUACAUUUCGACAUAUUCAGGAGCUGAUUUCAUGUUGUUUCUAGCUAUCCUCCUGUUACAACCACUCUGUAGCUUCUGAGCUUGGUGUUUUCAUGUGACUGCUGUACCUCUGCCACAGGGUGCACACACACACAAAAACACACAGAUAUAAAGAGAAAACAUUAUUUGUGACUUAUAAAAGCAGGCAACAAUAUGAAUUCAGUUCUUCCCAGGACUAUCCAAGUGUGGUGAUGUGAAAACUGUCUUAGAGAGCUGGAGAAGGGACAUCCUGUUUGUGCUUUGAACCUUCCCCCUCUGGAUUGCAUUUCAUUUUUAUUUGCAUGUAUCUUUAAAACAGACAAUUUUGAUCCUUACACAAGAGCAUAACUGCUUCCACAUCUGAUUCAUAUCUGCAGGUGGACUGGUUUACUUUUAGUUAAGAUCUGUGUGCCCAGGAAGACACAAAUGUGUGUAAUAGAAAACUAGCUUAAUUGUUAACUAUGAAGAGAACAUUGUCUCUACAUAAUCAAUCAAUCAAUCAAUCAAUCACUUAUUUUUUUCCAGUGCACCCUUCAUGCCAACAUGCCUGAAUGCUUUAUGGUCAUUAAAUUAAAUCAAAGAACACACCACAGAAUGGACAAGGCCAGAUCAAUAAAUCUUAAAACCUGAUUCAAACUUACCAAGGACUCUGCACAAGUAACCAUGACAGGAAGGAUGACUCCAGUCAGGAGGGCAUGUGUGUGGGCAUAAAACUGAAACAAGACUUAGGUGAUGCUAAUUAGAAGACAGAAACAUUUAAAGGAACUGUAAUUUUUGUAGCAUCACCCAGCUGCCAGCAGCAUCAACCUGCAGCUUCAUGUUUUAAGGGUAUUUUCAGAUUUAUGAGCGGUAUAAGAAAAUAACAAUGGCAGCAAGAACUUUUUACAAUUUUUACAGCUGUACACUUCAGGGCACCUCUUGCCUAAUUUUAGAGAUUUGCCUAUUUGUGAUCUCUCCAUUUGAUUAUUGAAGGGCACCAUAUUAAAGAAAGAUGCAGUAAACACCAGCUGGCAAUAACCACAGUAUGACUGCUCUGUCUUCAUGGAGCACCCCAGCAAUUUGAUCUUUGCAAUGACUCCAUGCUGAACUCAGAUCCAGUCAGAAGUCAUCCAUUAGUUGGGCAGAACAUUUCUUCCUCCUUGCUUGAGAGGAGAGCUUUAUGGAACUGCCCAAUUAAUGGGGAGCUUUGUACAUUUUGCUCAUAGAAAUAUCCCAGUAGCUGUCACAACCUGUGGAGGUUCAUUCCCAAAGUACAUAAAAUGACCACAGGCCUAACUACGUUCAAAACUAAAAGCAAACCCCAGUUCUUCAACUUAAACUUCCCUCCCUCAAUAAUGUCAAGGCAUGUGCUCCUCAGUCUGUGAAUUGGAUCAAAAAUAUUGCCUAGAGGCAAAGGGUCAGAGGAGAUUCCACUUAUGAAAAACAGGAGGCCCUCAAAAGGGUGCAACCUCACUUGCUGAACAGACACCACAAAUAGGAUGGAUAAAAGCCCACAUGAGACUGGUAUGUGAGCAAGCAGAAGCUGACAGUUGCCCCUCAGGAAUAGAGUAUAAAGCUUUCAGUUCUGCAGGAGAUGUGAUCUGAAAGUCUGCUUCCUGGAAGCAAUCGUACCUGAACUGUUGCAUGGUGCUGCAGUUGCAUAAUUUAAUAGUUGUCAUGUUUCAUUCCAAGGUGAGUGUUCUUGGUGGUAGUGUACAUAAAAAAUUUGUAUGUCAUUAGGGAUAAAAGGGUCUAUGCCAGACAAGGUCAGAUAUUAUCCUCAUGAGUGGCAGAAGAGGUCCAUAUUAAAACAAAGAAGGUGUUUGAUUUCCUUUUGAACGUGGGCAGAUGAUUCAGACCCACGUGCCCUUCAUAUGCUCUGUCUCUCCCCUUCCUAUAUCCUUUCUUUUGAAACAGAUUUAAGUCCAUCUACUUUUAUAUUUUCAAACAAAACCCAUAAAAGGGCCAUAAAUAUCAUGACUCGCUAAAAUGAAAGCUGUUUUCUUCUUCUCCCAGGAGACUCCUGCCUGAGAGAGAGACAGAAAGAGUUCACCUCUUUGAAAAUUUCCUCCUCUGUCGAAGUAAAGCUGGUAUCUAAAAGCAGCCUUCAAGGCUUUGUUCUUAUCAUCUUGACCUGGCUUUGUACUGGCUUCUCUCUGUAUUGCUUGUGGAAGUGUGAAGGACGGGGCUAGGGGAAGGAGUUUUGGCUAUCACUGGCAGAGCAAGGGUCAUGCUUGGAAAGGGAUUUCAUUGUGGUUUCAGAAAACAUUAUAAAACUCAGUGCAGUGGCAGAAAGAAUGAAGAAACUCAUUCCCCUCCUGGAUCAGACCAGUGAUCCACCCUUUGUGUCUCUGAUGUUGGCCAGAACCAGAUUCACCUCAGAAGAUAUAAAGCAAGUUUAAGUGGGUAAUUAUGGAAUAACCUGCCCUGAGUAAAAUUUUCUCCCCUUCUGGCCCAAAGCCCUCCUUCAUCUCUCCUCCUUGGUUAGAGUUCAACUCUAUGCCCUGAAGCAUGACGGCUUCUCUCCCUUCCAAACCGCUUUUCAUCCUGGCCUGUCUCAUGUAACUGCCUAUGACAGUGAUGGGAUGUAUAGGCCUUGUCCACUGAGAGUCUGUGACAGAUCAUAGCCUUAUUGGAAAGAGAGGCAGAGAGGCUGAAGAGAAGGCGAGGGAGGAGAGCAUAAACUCAGAUGAAAUAUCCAUCAGGAAGAUGGAAAGAAGAGUGAGUGCCCGGGAAACUAAUUGCUGCCUGCUGAUCUGGGCUGUGGAGAUAGCCUGCAAGUGAGCAUUUUUGGUUUUCCAUUUUUUGUGGAGCACACUAGGAACGUCAACUCUUGGUUGAAACUACUAUUCAUCAAUAUUUCCCUUUUUUUUAAUAUAUAUAUAUAUAUAUAUUUUUUUUUUUUUUUUUUUUUUUUUUUUUUUUUUUAAAAAAUUUUUUUAAAGCUGUAGAAGUAUGACAGUAGCCCUGAGAAAACAAUUCCAUUGUAAUUCAAGGGUGCUUUUUCUUCCACUGCAGUUCACUAGUCAUUUCUGAAAAGGUAUUGGCAUAAUUCGGGGCUCUUAGACACUGAACAUGGAUGAAAAUCAGGCUAUUUUUCUACUGCCCAAAUACUAUUUAGGAAUCCAAAGUUAGAUAUUCCUGCCUAGGUCCUUAUCCCUAUCACAGAGAGAUGGCUACUCAUAAUCCUGAGUAGAGCAAAGCCCAGCUUCCGUGGAUUUUGUUUGGCCAUCGCAUAGGGCAUCAAAAUUUAUGUGACAUAAUACCAGAUGCCCCAAGGUGACAAUUAGAAUUGUCUAGCACAUGAAGGCUCUUGACUUUUUAGAUAUUGUCAAUAUUAUCGCAGGUGAUAGCACUAUACCACAAAAAGCAUUAACAAAGUUCCAAGGAUUGCUUAAAUGUAUUUUCCAGAUGGACACUUUCCAGUUGUAUGCAGGUUGAAUGACAGCUUUCACUUAUUUGUCCAGGAGCUCAACAAUUCCUAGGGAGAGGGAAAGAAGAGCUAGGUUUUGGAUCAUAUCCAAGUCUCAGUAAUGAUUAAUUUCACUCCCAUAGUAUCCACUGUUUCCCAUAUCUCUUUCCCUCAAAAGUGUGGCAAAGGGAUCUGGAGUUUUCCAAGUGAUGGGUGUUGAAAUCACACCCAGUCUCCUGGAUACCACGCUGAGGUGUUCAAAGCAUCCUGCUGGUGCUGGCUGAGCACAGGAGAUUGUUCAUUAAGAAAAAUGACUGUAUCAUUCAUACUGGGCACAGCUGCAGUGAGCAGCUCAGUGGCAAUGUUCAAGGCUCUGUAAUCUCCUGUUAGUUGCCACUUGCCAUUAGAUUUUUUUACUGGCCGUAAAGGAGAAUUGUAGGGGAAAUGAGACGUGACGAUAAUUCCCUGUUCUUCCAGCUCCUUUAUCAAUUCAGUAACAGGACAAAUAGCAGCAGAAGGUAAUGUGUAUUGUGGAAUAUUAACUGCCUUACUAUGGGGUAAAGGAGCAGCUGUUUGCAACAGAUUAGCAGUUAGAAAUGCAUCUGUAGGAGAUAAACUCGGGGACAGAAAGGGCGAUGUCCCUCUUUCCCAUUUUCCCCACCACUGACCCUUCAAUACAUCCAUGCCCAGAAUAUUAAGGGCACCCAAAAGUAAGGUCAGGUGGAUUGUCUGUCCCUUAGACAGAAUCAGCUUUGCCCUGACCAGAGGGUGGUUGGUGGGUUUCCCAUUACGGCCUGCCAUAGAAACUCGACUGCUUGCAAAGCAGAGUCUGCUCUUUGUAAGUGUCCUUACACACCAUGGAUAUCCGGAUUCCUGUGUCCCUGAGGAAUCUUGUAAAGUAGGGAUGGAUCAUUAAUUUGGGACCAUCAUCUUGGGACUGAGAUCCUCAGCAGUGGGAGUGGCACCCACCUUAGUUUCCUAAAUAUCCAGUCUAGGUUUAGUGCUGGUGGGCUUGGAUAUAUCCCUGAGCUUACAGCACUUGCAUGCUCUAUCCCUUUGAACCAUAUGGUGUCACCCCAUCUCCAAACACAGAUCCCAGAGGGUUAUGAGAAGUAAAUGAGGAAUACUUGUCCAUUGCCACAAAAGGAAGGUUGGCAUUUCAGAGACAGCUCCUUUCCUAAACAUAUUUUCCAUCACCUUUUACACCCAGGAGUAACUGACCAGGUUUCUCAGUUUCUGCUUUUGUCUUUCACACGGAGGCAGGCUCGCUCUUUUACAUUUUCUCUAGCUGAGGAUCUCUCUUGGUUUUUACCCUCUGGGAUGUAUAGUGGUACAUCUGCCAGCCUACACUGAAGGACAUCUUGGAGAGUAAUACCAUUUAAGUUCGUCUUAGUGGCCAGUGCUAAAGAUUCCCACACCCCCCCAGCUUCCAUUAGACACACAUCAGAAGUGUGCAGGCUCCCAGAUCACCUCCCAAGGAUGCAGUUCUGCUGGGAGGGGUUGUCAGGCUCCUGGAGCAAGGGGUGCUGUUCCUUCUAAUUCAGCUAAAAUCACUGCUUUCACCAUGGCUGCAUAAAGGCCUUUUGGUUCUUCCUGGCCACCUGUCCUGUCUACCUAGCUCUGCUUCAAUCCAAUGCUGCUGCUUCCAGCACACAUCAGGCCUUAGCAUGAGCUGGGUUGGCCAAACCAGGAGCCUGAGUCACAGAAAGGCCAGGGUCUUACGAAAACAAACAAAAACAAACAAAAGGGCUUGUUUUUAUUAUUAUUAUUUAUCAGGAAAUGUAGUGAUAGGAAGGGGGUGGGUAACCAUUUUAAACUGAAAAAGUGUAGCUUUUUAUUAAAUAGUGAGGUAGAUUUAUAUUAAAUAGGGAGGUAAAUUUAUAUUAAAUAUUGGGAAGAAAUUCCUUACUGUGAGGGUGGUGAGGCCCUGGCACAGGUUGCCCAGGGAAGUUGUGGAUGCCCUGCAUCUGGAAGUGUUCAAGGCCAGGUUGGGUGGGGCUCUGAGCAGCCUGGUCUGAUGGCAGGGGGGUUGGAACUGGAUGAUCUUUAUGGUCACAUCCAACCCAAAACAUUCUAUGGUUCUAUAACUGUUUUUUUCUAAUCCACUUACAAAGUGCCACUGCCUGGUAUGUAUAGGGUGAUAAGAAUAUUAUUUCACUGAACUGACCUUAUACAUCUGCCCACAGCUUGGUCUGAUGAUGCUUACACACUGUAAAAUAAUCCCUUAUUUCUGUGGCAAAUCUCUCUUGUGUCGACAAUUAAGUACCCUUUAUAAUUCCAUUUUUUGGCUAUGUUUACAGCAACAUAGCUAUUACAAAUGUAUAGGAAAUGUAAAUAACUUACCUAAUAUUUUUCCUAACCACCUUUCUCCUUGUUUCUCCUUCAGUUAUGAAUGCCUUGGAGAAGAGAUCAUUCUUGCUUAGUGCCUGAAAAUGCCUGAGCUUCUAGAGGCACCUACAGUAAAUAAAAAAAAAUUAUGCUGGAUUCUAUUUUCACUAAAAGAAAAAAAGAAAGGCAUGUUAUAACCCUGAUUUGGUGUGAUUAUACUGUAAAUAGGCCAUAAACAGUCAAAGGGAAAAUAACCCACAAUAUUCACACCUUUGAGAGACUGUGAGGUGAUAAUCGCUAUUCUUCCCUGCUGUUCAAAAUAUUUUCCAAGUGUCCUCGAAACUGCAUUGGCAGCAGAAUGUGGCCCAAUUCAAGGGCUUUAAUGCUACUGCUAAGUAGAAAUGAUUUUUGUCCUCGAAAUUUUCAGUGGAAUAGUCUGUAUUUUGCAAAAGAAAAAGCAUAGCUAUUCACUGCAAAAGCAAUAAGAAAAAAGGCAGAGACCAUCAGAAAUCUUUCUGACAAGACAAUUCCAUGGUUUUUUUUAAAAAUUUUGUCCAAUUAAGGAAAAAGUACAAAUGUUGAAUUUCAAAAAUAGGCAUGUUCUGUAUGAAGAUGACAGAGAAUUUCAGUGUUGCUGGCUGAAAUUAAUAGGGAGCAUAAUGUCCACUUCAUACAUGGGGAAACAGGAACAGAGAUUUGCCUUCAGCUCAUUUUUUCACUUUUCCCCAAGAACUGUUGCAUGCCACACACAGAACUGGUGUUUUAAACGGGUGGUGUAGCUUACUUUUAAGACCACAACCCUUCUUUGCAAGCAGCAUGGCUGCCUCUGCCUGUCACAAUGCCACGAAGAGCUCUGCCAGAGAAUCGUUCCAAAACCUUGCAGGGAGAUACUGUGUUUUUCCUGCCCUUUGUGGUGAGAAUCUUUUUCGUCUUAUAUCCAUGCCCAUACUUAACACUUUCAAAUCUUUCACCAUUAUGACCUGUUAUUUCUCAGCAUCUUUCUGGGCUGAUAGAUAGCUAAGGAUAUAGGUAUUUCCUGUCACUACAUUAAUAUCCAGAGGUCUUAACUAGCACCAGGACCCACUGCAGCACGUACAGCGUGCAGCACAAUUCUAGAUGUUCUCACCCUGAAAGACUUGCAAGUUAAAUGAAUGAAACAGACACAGGCUGGGAGAAAGAGAUUGCAUCUGUAAGUGUGUUUGAGAAACUGAGCCCGGUGUUGUAUAUGGAUACUGCAGCAGCAGAAGUCUGCAGGAAAUUUCAAACGAUAGGGCUAAAUUCAUCUUGCUAACAAACAUUCUCCAUCAGCAAUUACUCACCUCUGUGUGGUGCAAUUAAACACUCACUGGCCUCCAGAGAGCACAAGCACAACUUUCUAAACUGGUGAUUAAGGCCUUUGUCUGUGAGGAGCAGACAUAUGUUUCAGGCCUUUUUCCACAGAGUGUGUGAUGUGAAAAUGUAUGGCAUUUAUCAGUGCAGGCUUUUCCCCUCCCAAGUCAUGGCUCCUGGCUGCUACCUUGCAAAGCAGCAGUGUUGUGCAUUUUUGGCCCAAAGAAAAUAACCAUUUCAAAAGGAAAUAGUUGAUAUGUGACUCUUUAACAGAAUAACCAACAGCACAGGGAAAGAGCCUGGCACUUCCUUGGACACAUUCAGGUUUUCUGAGCGAGUUAAAAUGCUGUCUUCUGAGAUGGCCUGAACACUGAGCUACUGAGUUGAAAAAGACCCCCCUCUGCCUUUUGUCACCUGCUGCUUGUGGGCUGUGUCUUGUCUGUGGAUAAGGUUGGCGUUAGAACUGAAGUGAGAACAGGCUGGGGAGAAAUUCCUCAUUGCAGUUUCAUGUUUAUCCAUCAUAACCCAGGGUAUUUGCAGACUGUCCCUAAAAUAUGCUGCACUGAAUUUUGCAGUGCUUCAAUCAUCUUUUGGAUCCGGGUCACACUGCUGGUACAGGUGGUUUCAAAUAUAAAUACAGGCCAUCACAUGGAUGGGACAUACACCCCUGGCAAAACCGGGAGCUUUACCUAUGUUUUUCUGUUUGAGAAGUGAUUCAGAAACAAUCAGAUUGGUUCUGGCUCUGUGUGGCAGAUUGCACUUGAGCAUGCAGCAGCCUCCUAGCCAGCAGAAAGCUGGGCUAAAUCACCCACUGGAAGUACAAGCCUGCUUUAGCAUUUAACAGUGAAACUCAGCAAAACGUCAGCUUUUAUUUUUGCGUUGUCCUAGGCUCAAAGGCUCCCAAGGCUCAAAAGAUUGCAAAUGCCUCUGGAGUAUCAAAGCUUCAAAUCCAAUGUAGCCUGGCUAUUAUUCCCUUCAGCAUGGGCAGUUACAGAGAUGGGAUGAAUGCUCCCCAGCUAGAUAAUUUAAAACCUGUGUUUAGCAUUAAUUCUGUCAGUUUGGAAAGCAGGCAGCUUAUAACACAGGGCGAUGCAAUGCCCUGGGCAUCUGUUGGACUUGCACAUGGUAAUGGAAUGGGAGGGGUUUAGGUGAGAUUUGCAAAUGGGCAGAAGAAUCUGCUCUGAGGGAAAGGUCUUGCCAAGAUUCAUGCAGGCAGUGGCAUCAGAAAGGUGCUGCAUGUGGCACAUUACAAUGGACACACUGAAAGUUUUCCUGUUCCCUUAUUCUACCAUAUGGACUGAGUUACUGUGAAAAUCUUGUUCCCUGCACAAAGGGGCAGAAUAAAAUACUGUUUGGCUUAAACCUAUUCCUGCUUGUGAAUGUAAAUUAAAUCUGUUCUCCUUCAAAUUUCUUUUGUUCUGCUGCUUUUAUCUUUGUGGAAAUUUUCUUUGGUGACUCCUCUGUUGUUGUCAGCCUCGCCCUUACAGGUGAAAAUCAUGAACCUUUCUGAAGUUACAAGCUCUAGGAACAUGUCCUAGAGGCAACAUGGAGUUACAGAACCCCAACCACAGUGCACUAUUACACUGGCUUUUCCUGCCCUCCUCCGUGCAGUUAUUUGGGAGAAAGUUCUGUAGGCCAGAGAAACUAUAUUCAUAACAUCCACUAUUUAAACCUCUCACUUGGAUUCUUCCCUAGCAGUGAGAACUGACAUACUGUCAAAGUUGACAGCACUAUGCCAGUUUAUUGCACCAGAAGACCUGGCUAUUCCUUUCCUCCCAUCUGCAGAGCUUGGCUGCUCCCAUUAUACAAACCCUUUCUCACUCCUGCCCCUAAUAAAAUCUCCAUGCUUCACAUGCUCCCUCAGCCUCCCUUUGAUUCGUGCUCCCGGAGUCUUCCUCGCUGCUGACGUCGGGAGGCUGCACAGCUCUGUAAUUUCCCGACAGCCCUUUUCAAACCCUGCCUUUUAAUCGGGUGCUGUGUUUUACCAGCACUUCCUUCUCCCACUGAACGCCUUUGAAGCGAGGCUGCCAGCGCUGGUGGGGUUCCUUCUCCGCUGCCCUUUUUUGUUGUUUCCAUACAGAAUUCUAGGACAGAAUUUUGUCGCUUUUUAGAUGCUCUGAUUUUUUAUUUUUUUAAUUUUUUUUUUUCUGUGUUGUGAUCCUAAUUUCCUGCAGGAUUUCUUCUUCCUCUCCUGGGAAAUUUGUCUCUAUUUCUGGCAUCUGUCCUUCCUAACCCUUCCCACGUUUCUUCCCUUCUAAAGACAGGGGAAAAGAAUCCAUUUAAUAUUUUUCUGUAGUAACGUCUAUCUCAUCUGUCAAUAAAUUACCCUUUGCCAUCUCUGGGAGACCCCUUUGUCUCCCUUCACUGAC